AACUAUUGUAGUGAGACGAUAGUAAAUAUUAUGAUAUUAUAGUUUAAUUGCAAAUAAAACCAAAAAUACCAGACUACCAUAUUUAAACCAUAUUUUACUGUAAAAGAAUCAAACCCUUCUUUUCACUUCCAAUCGUAUUUCAUCCUGAGCCCAAAACAAGGCAGAUGAGGGCAGAACAAAUAUUUUCAGUGAAAUAGUAUAGCUUUGAAAUGGAUGAUCGCUUUAAACCUCUCUCUUUAAUCUGUAUCACGCGUUUAUUUGUGUGUGGUCUGUCGGUAGUUAAUUGAUUGACUCUGUGUGAUUGUGUUGUAUGUCUCGCACUUUGACACUCGUGUAUAACUGACUAUCAGCCCAGCACGGGCUCAUAACCAGAGGGGCGUUUCGGCCUCUGAUACACGAAUGCGGGGUUCCGACUUGAAAGGGUCGAAUUAUUAUGAACGAUGUCCAUCGUGUGAGAAAUAGCAGUCGCGCCCCCAAACAGCCCUCUGUUACACCCUCUGCCAUGAGAUAGAGAAAAGGCGGACGGUUUACUAUGGGUCGGACAGCCUGUCAUUGAGGCCCAGAGGAUUUGCUCCUCCAGAGCAUCACUUCCAGAGUUACGGUCCCCAGACUGAUUCAGCAGCUGGGGGAGACACAAGCAGGCUUGGUAGUCCGGUCGGCAUGCUGCCUCCGCCGAACCCCAAAGGAUACACUGAGGGCGAAUCCAGUGACUCUGAGUUUCCAGCCCUUAAAUCAGUUUACAGGCGGACCUUAAGCCACGCCAAGCCACCUUAUUCCUACAUAUCUCUUAUUUGCAUGGCUAUCCAGCAGUCACCGUCGAAGAGGCUGACUCUGAAUGAGAUCUACGACUGGAUAAGGCAGCUUUUUCCAUAUUAUAGACAGAAUCAACAGCGGUGGCAAAACUCCAUCCGUCACUCCCUCUCGUUCAACGACUGCUUCGUGCGCGUACCGAGAUCUCCAGACUCGCCAGGAAAAGGCUCGUACUGGGCGCUACACCCAGAUUCAGGUAACAUGUUUGAGAACGGAUGCUAUAUGCGUCGCCAAAAACGCUUUAAGUGUCAGAAGUCGACAUCACCGACAACAGGCAAAAAUGCUUUGAAGAAGUCCGACGGAGAAGUUGUGAAAGAGGAAGGGAAGAGAAAGAAGGUGGAAACAAAGUCAUCAGCUUCCAGCAAGUCCCCUGCACCGCCGAUCGACCCCACGCCACUGCAUUCAAGCGUACCACCUUCCUAUCCUGCCCCCAAAGCACCUUCUCCACCUCAUCUUCCUCAGCAUCUAACUCAAUCACACACGCCAUUCCAUCCCCAGCCUACAGAGAUCACAACACACCUGCCUCCUCUAAGUGUACCUUUCCCAACAAUGCCCACCUCCAGCCCAUUGCCCUCUAACUCUAUGGAAAGCAGCUUGCUCAGCGAGGGGGCCAUCCAACACCCCAUCACCGUCCCACGACUUAUGGACUUUCAGUACUGUGAGUCCCCUGUGAGUUAUCCAGUUUACUCAAAUUCCCAUCCUCACAACCUCGGCUAUUUCAGAGGGAGAGAUGAGUCCUCAUACGUUGGAGACUCUAUGUACUACUCUGGAUUUAGUAUGUGUUCGGCCCCUAUUCUGAGUUCCACCUGAUCAACUAAAUGCUGUCAGGAUAUUAUAGGAUGAUAAUUCAAUGAAAGCUUUGCCUGCAUUUAGAUACUUAUAAUUGUUGUAUAUAGUAGUUGUUGAAAGUCCCGUAGCUGGACAAGAAUCUGUUAUAUGAUGCUUAAAGAUUUCUUUCAUUUUAUGCAAAUAUUUUGGAUAAUUUUGAUUUGGAGGUCUUAUAAUAUGUUGUCUUUUUCAAGCUAUAAAUCUUAAGUAAAAUUUUACAUAUCUAAAAA